AUGAGAAGGAGUAAGGCACCCUCAGUACUCCUAGCGAAAAGAGGAAUAAGCGAAGAAGUCAUUAGUAUGAGUAUCAAAUCUGGACUGAAGAAGAUAGAAGACUUGAUGGAAGGGAAGACUGAAGCGGUGGAUGAAGGGACUCCAGCGAAAAAUAAGAUGUCGAUGGAAGAGGAAAUAGGAGAUAACGCACAUAAUACAGUGUUGAAGGAAGGAGAAGUCAUCUACUAUUGGUGUAUCUUCCAGAAUAAAGGGAAAGAAGCGAAGAAUGGAAUCAUUCAAGUUGGGUUUGAAAAACUGUGGUUAAUGGAUGCGGGAGGGAAAGGGUGUGGGAGUACUGAUAUCACACGAGGAGAUGAAGAAGAGUUGGAAGUCUUUGAUAAAGAAAAGAACGAGAAGACGACGGAGAAGACACAGAAAGUGUUUAUUAAAAAGAAAGAGAUCAUCAUCGACACGGGGAAGAUCAUAUCCUUUUCGAAUAAAGAGAUCAAAAUCCUCAUCCAAUUUGCGAAUGAAAAAUUCCAAAACGGAUCAAUUUUCCUCGAAAAACCACCAACAGAGGAAGAAUGCGAGAAAAUCGUCAAAAAGGCCGCAGAGAAGAAGAAGGUGAUAUUCACCGGAAGGGUCGUCUUGUCCAGACACCAAAAGGGCUUUGUCAUCCCUUAUAAGGAUCGAGUCGUCGUGAGAAAAAGAACCGACCCAUUGUUCGACCCACGUGCCCCUGGAGCCGUUGUCCUCUAUGAACCAUCUGCUACAAGUCGAGGGGAAGUAGCGAUAGUUGUUGAUCCGAUUCUUGGGCUUAAAUUACGACCACAUCAAAAGGCGGGUGUCAAGUUCAUGUUUGAUUGUGUUAUGGGGCUUAAAACGGGAUUUCGAGGGAAUGGGUGUAUUUUGGCUGAUGGAAUGGGGCUUGGGAAGACUAUUCAAGCCGUUUCACUCAUGUUCACGUUACUCAAACAAGGAAUUAACGGGGAGCCAACAUGCAAGAAGGUGAUGGUUGUUGCGCCGUCCAGUUUGGUUGGGAAUUGGGAGAAUGAGUUCAAGAAGUGGCUUGGAGAUAAGGCGCCCCGUGUCGUUGCUAUUGCGUCGAGUGGAAAGAAAGCGGACCAAGCGAUGAGUGAUAUGGAAUAUGGAUAUGCUGAAGUCUUAGUCAUUAGUUACGACCAGCUUCGCAUUCAUAUUGACAAAAUCGAAUUAAUUAAAGACUGGGGAAUGAUUGUGUGUGAUGAAGGUCAUCGAUUGAAGAAUGCUGACAUUAAAAGUUCACAAGCUGUGAGUCGAGUCCCAACCCGACGAAGGGUCAUCUUAUCGGGAACACCAAUUCAGAACGAGUUGGGUGAGUUCUACGCUAUGGUCUCUUUUGUCAAUCCGAAUGUGUUAAGCGAAAUCUCGACAUUUAGAAGGAUCUUUGAAGAGCCUAUCUUAAUUAGUAGACAAGCCGAUUGUACCCCAGAACAGAAAAAGACGGGGAACGAGAGGUCGAAGGAAUUGACACGACUCACGAAACUCUUCAUCUUAAGAAGAACAUCGAAAGUCAAUCAGAAGUAUUUGCCGCCUAAAGUCCAACACGUUGUCUUCUGUGCGUUGACUCCAUUACAGAAGAUGAUAUAUCAAAGAUUGAUUGAUUACUAUAACACAACACGCGACGAGGCGAAGAAGAAGCGAGCACUGCAACCGAAAGAGAAAAAGCCGAAACGAGAGAAAAGCACAACACCAGACCUUUCUGAAGAGAAGAAGGGGAAAGCGAAACGGGGAAGAAAGAAAGGAGAGACGGUCGAGGGGAGUUGUCAGUUCCAAAUUCUUACUGCUCUCAAAAAGGUGUCGAACCACCCGUGGCUCAUCCAAGACUUUGUGAAGACAUUCCCGGAAGUUUUGAGUGGUAUUUUGCCGAAAGGGGAAGCGCUGUAUGACAUGAAUUUGUCUGGGAAAACUGCGUUUCUAGCGGAGCUGCUUGAGUACUUGAGAAGACACAAAGAGAAAAUAGUCAUUGUGUCAAAUUACACCGAAACGCUCAACUUCAUUGCACAUUACUGCAAAAAGUGUGGGUACCCCUUCAUACAAUUAGAUGGGAGUGUCCCUGCGCAGAAACGAACACAAAUGGUCACGCGGUUUAAUGACCCGAGUCUUGACGAGUUCAUCUUUUUGUUGUCGAGUAAGGCUGGAGGGUGUGGACUCAACUUGAUUGGUGGAGCGAAUCUUGUCAUGUUUGAUCCUGACUGGAACCCGGCGAAUGAUGAACAGGCUAUGGGUCGAGUGUGGAGAGAUGGCCAAAAGAAGAAGUGUCACAUCUAUAGAACGUUGAGUUCGGGAACUGUAGAAGAGAAGAUGUACCAACGCCAAAUCAAGAAAUUGGAGUUGGCUGGAAAGGUGGUGGAAGGAGGAGAAGAGAACGAGGAGAGUACAUUUGAUGACAAAGAACUGAAAGAACUGUGCCAAUUCAAAGACACCAUUUGCGAAACACACGACUUGCUGGGAUGUACGUGUGGAGCAGGGUCGAGGAAGAAUAUUGACUGGAAGAAGAGCGACGGGAAGAUGGAAGUGUUAAGGAAGGAAUGGAAACAUUUUAAUGGGAAGAGUAAGAUGGAAGACGAUGUGUUCUUGGCUUUGAAACAUGAGACUAUCAACUUCCUCUUCAGCAAAGAGGACGAACAGCUGAAGGACGACGGGGAAGAUGUAGUUGUGGAAGAGAAAAUGCCCGGAGACGAUGAAAGUGAAGAGAAGGAAGAGGAAAAAGCUGAACAAAUGAGUGAGGACGAGUAA